AUGUGUCAUGGGCACCACACAGUCAAGAUGAAGGAAGGAAGGGGCAUGGAUGGAAGAGUAUUUCAAAACAUUGCAAUUCGAGGAGGAUCGAUGUUAAUUCAAACUGGAGUGUUGGUGCUCUUUCACCUGAUAAUUUUAUCGAUGAGCUUGAAAUUGAACAAUGAGAUCAUUGAUGUUCCUGUUUUGCGAUGUGGUCCUGAUGAAAUCGAAUUGAAAGCACAUACAUUAAAGCCAUUUGAAGGACAAACAUUUGUUCGUGGACAUCACAGAUCUCCAGACUGUGCUCGUGUGUAUGAUACAACAGAGAAUAUCACUUCAGAUCCACAAUUAUCCAUUUCACUUUCACGAAUUUCAUCAUGUGGAUUAACUUUUGAAAGAAAUAGUGAAACUCGUCGUGUCACACUUAGAGCUGUCAUUAUUUUUGCUUUUCAUCCUCUUUUCGUCACUUCGGCUGAUAGAUCUUUUUCAAUUGAGUGCGCUUUUCAGCAGCAUGAUUUCACCGUGCAAACACAACUUGAUUCUAUUGGAGAUUUGUCAACUAUAAAAGUGAUCACAGCCACAGCUCUACCACCAAAGGUCCAUCUAUCGAUCAAUGGAGGAGUAGAGAAAGAAAGUAGAAAAGACGAAAGAAUAUCUGUGGGAUCUCCUCUUCUCUUUAAAUGGUCUUUGGAUAAUUCCUAUCCUAUUUAUGGUUUUCGAGUUGUAUCCUGUGAUGUUGAGACAAAAGAUGAAAGACGAAGCUCACGAAUGAUUGAAGCUGGAUGUAGUCUAGAUGAAACACUUAUUGCUAAUAUUAGAUAUUCCGAGAACGACUCGGUGGCAUUUGCUGAUGGAUUUGCUUUCAAAUUUGCUGACGAAGAAGAAGUUUGGAUGAGAUGUCAGGUGCAACUCUGUAUUCAUAAAUUUGAACAUUUGAUAGUUACCGGAGCAGGAUUAAACGAUCUUUGUCAAGCGCCGAAAUGUGAUCAAAGACUGAAAAGAUCAAAUAUGGAAGAAUAUAAGUUGAAUGAACAACCAAGUAUGAUUGUGUCUGAACGAUUUAUUAUCACUGAUUCGAAAGUUCUUCCAGCACAAGAGUUUCGUGCGCCAAAAGAUAGUGAUUUCUAUCGUGAUUCAAACGAUGAGAAUGGAAAUGUGAGAGUGAUGGAAGUGAUGGGAGAAGGAUGUCGAGGUUGUGGAUACAAAGCGAAUACUGAAGAUCAUCUUGCAGCUAUCGUCAUUUUUCUGACAGCAAUUUGUGGUGUUGUGAGUAACUCAUUGAUUGCUCUUACCGCUUCUCGCCUUCCUUUAUUCCGUAAUUCAUUUGGUCGUCUUGUUCGUUUACAAUCAACCGGCGAAGCUCUUUUCCUUGCUGUUUGGGCAUUUUAUUUUGCGCCCACACUAGCUUUCAAUCUCGAUUUCAACAAAUCCUUUGAAAUCUCGAGACGUUUUGGGCAAUUGUGUUUGAUUUGUUACGAUAUUUCAAUCUACACUCAUCUCAUCAUCUCCAUUAAUCGAUUUGUCUCACUUUAUUUUCCGACUCAUUAUGGAUCAAUUUUUACUGAUGAUGUAACAAAACGAAUUAUUUUUGCGAUCAUUCUUUUCUCAAUUUCUUAUUCUUGGGUUUUACCGGCAGGUAAUUGUAACAUGGAGUUCUCGAAUGAGAAAUGGAUGCUUGAUUAUCAUUCGUCUUGUAAUCUCAAUCUUCUAUUUUAUGCUGAAUUCUUGAGGGCUGUGGUUAUUGUUGCAAUGAUUUUUCUCAUCAAUUCGGCCACUUUUAUCAGAAUGUAUUGUCAUAAUCGGGGGAAAUCUUUUCACAGAAAUUCGGGCACAUUGGAAGCAGCGUUGUUGAGAAAACGGAGAAAUGUUGAAAUAAAUUUCAUUCGACAGGUGUGCCUUCAAGGGUUAGCCUAUUUAACCGAAUUGAUCACUUAUUUCUUCGUUUCGCUUGCUUUCCCACAAAAAUGGCCGAACUUUCUUCUCACCACAUGGGCUUGGUUAAUGGUUCACACUGCUGAUGGAUUUAUUACAUUGCUUCUCAACAAGCAGUUUCGUUUUAUUUUCUUUUCUUCGGAUGAAUCAAAUCAGCCACAAACGAUUACUUUGAUCUCAAGUAACAAAGGUCGAUAUAGA